AUGGCGAGGGGUAGUGUUUUCCGACUGGGAAGACGGUUACGAUCAGUACUCUCCAAUAAUAACCUAAUUACAAUUCGUCCACGCUACCUCGCCGCAACGCCGUCGUUUCAACACCGCAACCACCACAGCAAUGCCUUCUCUUCCAGUUCCUCCGCCUCUCCGUCUCCAUCUCCAUUUUCAACCGGACAAAAGAGGAGUAUGUUUAUACAAACGCAAUCCACUCCAAAUCCGGAAUCUCUCAUGUUUCAUCCCGGUAAACCUGUUAUGGAUAUAGGAAGCGCCGAUUUCCCUAACGCUCGUUCCGCCUUGAAUUCUCCUCUCGCCAAAUCACUUUUCGCUAUUGACGGAAUUACUCGUGUUUUCUUUGGAUCCGAUUUUGUUACCGUUACAAAAUCAGAAGAUGCUUCCUGGGAAUUUCUUAAGCCGGAAAUCUUUGCUGCUAUUAUGGAUUUCUACUCUUCCGGUGAACCUCUUUUUCUAGAUUCUCAAGCUGCUGCAUCCAAAGACACCGCGAUUCACGAUGAUGAUUCUGAAACAGUUGCGAUGAUCAAGGAACUUUUAGAGACUCGUAUUCGACCAGCUGUACAAGAUGAUGGUGGGGACAUUGUAUAUUGUGGUUUUGACCCGGAUACCGGGAUAGUCAAACUUAAAAUGCAAGGAGCGUGUAGUGGCUGCCCAAGUUCUUCGGUGACUCUGAAAUCAGGCAUUGAGAAUAUGCUGAUGCAUUAUGUAUCCGAGGUCAAAGGUGUGGAACAAGAAAUGGAUGCCGAGGAUGAGGAAACUGAAUUAAGUGGACAAGUGGAGUAG